GGCGCCUCUCCAUCUUCUUCCUUCACCAAUUCAUACAGUCUCUCCUUCUCAACAUCAAGAACAAGCAGCAGCAGAGCAACUUAAUUAGAACACAGUUGGAGAAGAACUCUGCAUCUGUCUAGCAGCAAGCAACAAUGGCGACCAAGAUCUACAUCGUGUACUACUCGACCUGGGGCCACGUGGCGACGCUAGCGGAGGAGAUCAAGAAGGGCGCCGACUCCAUUUCCGGCGUGGAAGCCACCAUCUGGCGAGUCCCAGAGACGCUGCCGGAGUCCGUCCUGUCAAAGAUGCAGGCAGCGCCGGCGCGGGAGGACCACGGCGUGAUCACGGCGAGCGACCUGGCGGACGCCGACGGGAUCCUGUUCGGGUUCCCGACGCGGUUCGGGAUGAUGGCGGCGCAGAUGAAGGCCUUCUUCGACGCCACGGGCGGGCUGUGGCACACGGGCGCCCUGGCCGGGAAGCCCGCGGGGUUCUUCUUCGCCUCCGGCACCCAGGGCGGCGGCCAGGAGACCACGGCGCUCACCGCCGUCACGCAGCUCGCGCACCAUGGGAUGGUGUUCGUCCCCGUUGGGUACACGCAUGGCGCCGGGAUGUUCGCCAUGGAUGAGGUCAAAGGGGGGAGCCCAUACGGGGCUGGGACGUUCGCCGGCGCCGACGGGAGCAGAGUGCCCUCUGAGGCCGAGCUCGCCUUGGCGGAGCACCAGGGGAAGUACUUCGCCGGCGUCGCCAAGAAGCUCAAGGCCGUCUGAGCUAGCCAGGUCUCGUCGUCAGCAGGCCAGGCCCGUGGAUUACACAGUGAUGGAUGAUUGUUGUGAUUGAAUGCAGGAUUAUUUAUUUACACUUCAUAAACUAUAAACUGUACUGCAAUUUGUAUUCUUGUUUUGGAAAAAUAAUGGAGUACUAAAUUACUCUCUCCGGCCAA